AUGGGCGACGACAUGCAGUCUGCCCUGGACGACAUCUCCCGGCAUACUGCAGCCGAAAUCACGACUUACUUUCACGUACAUCGUCAGGAACUCCUUCGACGUUUCGACACUGUUUCGAUCACGAGCUGCGCGCGGAAGCACUUACAGGACCUCUUUAAGGUGCAGGACGUCUUGACGCUCGAACCAAAGCUUAGAGACGCCCUCUCGCCUAUACGUUCCACUUGCGAGGACAUGGUAGAAGACGAGGUCCUACCCAUGAUCGAGGUCAUUGAUGCGGCGCUUGUGGUGCUUCGAAGAGCUCAGCCGAAUGCAACCCACGGCGAGUAG